UAAUCUGUAAAACCAAACCAAUAAUAAUAAGAAUAUUAAUAAAAUGAAAGAAAAAUGCGAAAGAAACGGAAGUGAAAACCGAAAGAGAUGACAAUAAAACUGGAAAGAGUUUAAAGAAGUUUUAUAUUUGUGUGUAUAAGAGGGCGUGUAUUACACACACACACAAGUCCAAAAUGGUAUCUUAAAACUCUAUAAUCCUUUUGAAAUAUCUUCCUACUAAACUUUAAGUUUUGUUAUCGACUUCACUAGUUUGAAAGAAGCCACAAAGACUACAAGCAAUGCUCAGCCAGUUCGUAGCAAACUGAGGAACAUAAAUAAAGCUUAUUCAUUCCAUUACAUUCGAGGAUCGUCACAUCGGUCUACAUCGUACGAACCGCUUAUGAAGUGUUUAUAAGUAAGCUCGAUCAGAAGUGAUCUGGGAGUCAAACAACAACUGCAUUUAAUGAAAGAAUUUAUUAAAGGAAGGGAAACAGUAUAGGUGGAGAUGGACGAAUCAGGAACAAUUUCAAUAGUGGAUUAAUUCUGAGUAACACCGUUUAUGUAUUGGCACCGUCUGAACAACACGUGCCCCAGUGGAAGAGAGGAAAAUGUCAGGGAAGAAGUUGUUGGAAUAUGAAGGAUGUAAUUUCUUUCGACAGAGAUUGGUUUUGUCGAUAUUGAGUGGGAAAUCUGUGAGGAUAACAAAGAUACGGAGUCGGGACGAUAAUCCAGGAUUACAAGAAUUUGAACUCUCUUUCAUCUCUUUACUUGAGAAAUUGUCAAAUGGUUCUAAAGUUGUCAUUAACGAGACAGGAACGACCAUUCUCUUCCACCCGGGUAUGCUCUCUGGGGGAAGCUUCGAUCAUGAAUGCAACAUAGGCCGAGCCCUUACCUAUUAUAUUGAACCCCUCUUUUGUUUGGCUCCCUUCGCAAAGAAACCCCUCAAAGUCGUGUUACGGGGAAUCACCCACAAUUUAGAUGAUGCUUCCGUCGAUCACAUGAAGUUCUCCAGUUUACCGGUGCUAAAAAGAUUCUUAGGUACAGACGAGGAUCUUGAACUAAAAAUAACUCGUCGUGGCCCAGCCCCUGACGGAGGGGGUGAAGCAGUGUUUUCCUGUCCUUGUCGACAAAAGUUACGACCAAUCCAGUACACAGACCCUGGAAGAGUGAAGAAGAUCCGUGGAAUUGCUUGGUGCACCAAAGUGUCUCCAGGGACGCUCAACCGAUUGAUGGAAUCUGCCAAAGACGUCCUUUCAGAGUUCAUCCAUGAUAUUUACAUUCAUUCCGAUCACUGCAAGGGCAAAGAAUGUGGAAAAUCACCUGGAUUUGGUUUGACCCUUGUAGCAGAGACAACAAAAGGGACCUUCCUAGCUGCCGAGGCUAUUUCAAGCCCUAAAGGAUCAGACAAGGGACCAUCUGUUGCUGAAGAUGUUGGUAAAAAAGCGGCUUAUUUAUUAUUGGAAGAAAUAUAUCGGGGUGGCUGUGUAGAUUCUCUUAACCAAAGUAUGGCAGCAUUAUUUAUGGUCCUUGGCUCUCAGGAUGUGUCAAAACUUCAAAUUGGACAACUCACUCCAUACACGAUUGGCGUGAUGAGGUUGAUCAGAGAUUUCUUCAAAGUCUUGUUUAAAGUGGAAGAAGUAAAAGAAGAGGACAGUUUUGAUAACGAACAAUUAAAGACAGGAGACAAAAGACUCCUAUUAACCUGUGUUGGGGUCACUUAUACAAAUGUUAGCAAACCUAUUUUAUAGAAAAUAUAUUUUAUAAAUUAAACCAUGAAAAUGAAA